AUGUUCUUGUCGACAACACUGGUCUGUGCUGCGGGCAUUUUUGGGGUGUUUCAGCUCCUAGCAUGGAUCAAGAUUCAUGCUACAAAUUAUAUAAAAAUGUUUGUGAUUCCUGGGCCACCCCAAAAAGGAAUUCUCAUCGGAAACAUGACCUAUCUCCAAACAACUCCAGAGAAGAUUUUUAUAAGAUUGCGGGACGCCAUGAGGGAUUUUUACCCCAUUUACAAACUUAAUGCCUUGCAUAAAUGUACAGCAAAUAUUUUAAAUCCGGAGGAUUGCGAGCAAAUAAUGUCAAAUCCAGCCCACAAUCAGAAAGGCCAGAUCUAUGAUUUACUUCGCAAUUGGCUAAAAGACGGAUUAUUGACGAGCUUUGGUUCCAAGUGGCAAACAAGACGCAAAAUUUUAACUCCCGCUUUCCAUUUCAGCAUUUUACAACAGUUCAUUCAAAUCUUCAACGAAGAAGCCGAAAACUUGGUCGAAGACCUCAAAAAAGAGUGCUCAAAGUCGUACAUCAGCAUCUCGUCCCUUAUUACCAAAUUCACCCUCAAAACUAUAGCCGAAACGGCCAUGGGUAGCAAAUUGAAAUUCGAGACCCAGAAAGAGAUCGACUACUACCAAGCCGUCUACGACGUGGGCAAAAUUCUCCUCUACCGCCUCACCCACCCUUGGUUCAUCUUCCACUACCUCAACUUCUUCAGCCCUUGGUACUUCCAAGAACUUAAAGUAACCAAAACCCUCCACAACUUCACCCGAGAGGUGAUCAAACACCGCGAGGAAAACUUCAAAGAUAUUGAACUACCAACCGAAGAACACGAAAUUUACAAGGGAAAGAAACGACUCGCAAUGUUGGACUUGCUUCUCUCGGCCAAACACAAAGAGGGGAUUGUGGACGAUGAUGGUAUUCGAGAGGAAGUUGACACUUUUAUGUUUAAAGGGCAUGACACCACAGCUGCGGCUCUUGGUUUCGCCCUUAUGUUAAUAGCGAGUCAUAGUGAAGUCCAGGAGGCGAUCGUGGCUGAAAUGAGGGAGGUUUUGGGCGAUUUGCGUAAAAAACCCUCUUAUAAUGAUUUGCAAAACUUGAAAUACUUGGAGAGGUGUAUCAAGGAAACACUCAGGUUGUACCCUAGUGUUCACUUUAUUAGCAGGACUCUGGGACAGGAUGUGACCACUUCUGGGGGCUACAUUUUACCCAAACACAGUAUUGCUAUUAUACACAUUUACGAUGUUCAUCACAAUGCUGAAAUUUAUCCUGAUCCUGAGAAAUUCGAUCCCGAUCGCUUUCUUCCUGAAAAUGUUCAAAAAAGACACCCUUAUGCUUUCUUGCCCUUUAGUGCCGGCCCAAGAAAUUGCAUCGGGCAAAAAUUCGCUAUGUUAGAACUAAAAACUGCAAUUUGUGCCAUUUUGGCCAACUUUACCCUCAAACCCAUUGAUACUCCUGAGACUAUCAUCAUGGUUGUUGACAUUAUUCUCAGAACGAAGGAGCCAAUCAAAGUCAAGUUUGUGCAACGCUCCUAAAUUCGUAAUUAUUAUGUAAAAUGUACGUUUUUAGUAAAUAAAAGUAAAUAUUUUAUGUGUUAUAACAUUUAAAAGUCGCAAAAAGGUCAAAUGUCUAGAUAUUGGCAAAAAAUUCAUUUAUCUUGUUCCGUCUUACAAUUUCCAUUCUACCUAAUGAACUGUUUUAUCAAUAUUUAAUGAGUAAUCAUUUCAGAGAUAACCUAAACGUAUUGUGUUAUGAAAUUUAUAUGUAGCAAACAUCUUUUGAUUUUUUGAGAAAUUAAAAAAAAAUGUAAUAAAAUUUCUGUAUCAAAUACUCCUAAUAAAUUAAGAAUUUGGUUUUAAUAAGAAUAAAUAUCCGUAUUUAUAAACAUGGAAUCUAAUUUGUGUCAUAGGGCAAUGUCUUUUUAUUCUUCCGGCAGUGAUAAAUAUUUUAUUAACAGCUCAAUAAAUAUACCAUUUUAUCAGAAUUGUUUUAAAAAUUAGUAAAAUUGAAUCUGUAUAACACGAAAAUGCAUCAAGAAAUAACAUACAACAUAAUAAUACAAAUAUUAAAUUAAUAAUACUUGUAAUAAUAAUUUGAUGAUUAAUCGUUAGUUUGAGACGUGAAGUUACGAUACGAAUAAACGGGGUGAUCCAAAAAUGUCGGACUAAGUCUCGAAUGGUGAUUUGGGUAGUAGACUUUCAGCUAAGCAUAAAAAUGAAUUCAGAUUUGUUUUGAGCUUUUUUUUUUAAAACAAAACUGUCAGUUUUCAUAUCAUCAUGUAGGCAUCUUAUUAGUUUUUUUUGUUUCCGAUGUUUUCAGAUUUAAUUUAUUGUUGAAUUUACUAGUUUGUUAAAUGUUUUUUUCACCAUAAAACACAAAUUGGUGAUUUUUUCAACAGGUGUUCAUUCUUACUAGAUCUACCGUUUCCGCUAACUAAAUUUAAAAUUACACUUGUGUACCGUUUCACCAGACUCGUUUGAGAUUUGUAAUGUUUGACAUUACGUGUUGAUUAUGCGUAAAAUUUUUCUUUAAUAAUAAAAAUCAACGAUGAAAUAUAAGUAAUUUACAUUAUAAGACCGCUAAGUCAAAUUUUCCUGCACAAGUAGGAUGAAUAUCGAAAUGAGUACCGUAAGAAAUUUUUGAUUUUAACGAAUGUUUCUCGUCAAUUAAAUCAAAAAAUUAAAUCUAAAUAUACAGUAUGUCCCCCGGAUUGAGUUUACAAGAGGAAAAAAUUUUUUAUCUUUGAUUUUAC